AUGGUUUCUCACGAGAACAGUGCGAUUUUAACAGGUGGACUUAGUAACGGUGACAAUGUUUCAGAUGGGAUUUACAAAAUCAGUCUAAAUCCUCCGCAUAAUCCGAAAAUUACUGACCCGAAAUUACUGACCCAGAUGCCAGAGUCAAGAUGUUACCAUAGUUGUGAGAUGAUUGACAACCAGGUUGUACUGGCUGGAGGAAGGGCAUCAAUAUACUUCAAGGACACUAAAAACACUGUGUGCGUAUAUGACAUGAACAAUAAUGAAUGUAAAACCUUACCACCACUGCCAUUUGCUAUUACUGAGAUGGCUAGCGUUAGUUAUAAAGGUAAUGUAAUUUUGAUCGGAGGUAUUGAUGAGAAAGGUCAAACAUUAAACAGUGUAGUAAUAUAUGAUGUGAAAACAGGAAAAAUUAAAAUGUUGCCUUGUCUUAAUCAUAAAAGAGCAGGAAGUGCAGCAGUUAUCACUGGCAAUGUUAUCAUUGUUAUGGGUGGGUAUGUUUAUGAAACUAAAACAUUUCUCAGUUCUGUAGAGUGUUUAGAUUUAAGUAGCAAUGUAUGGAGAGAACUGUCACCAAUGACAACUAAACGAAGUGCUGCAACUGCAGUUGUAAAACCAUUAUCUUAG